CACCGCCGCCGCCGCCGCCGCCUCCAGCCCGGCCGCCGCGCGUCCCGGGGGCCGGCCCCGCGAGCGCAGGAGUAAACACCGCCGGAGAGUCUCGGAGCCGCUGCAGAAGGGAAUAAAGAGAGAUGCAGGGAUUUGUGAGGUUACGGCGCCCCAGCUGCAAGAUGCACUAGCCGGCGGAGCCCGGGCAGCGGCUGACUUGUUGGAACCCGAGCGGCUGGCUCUCUGCACGGCAGAGUGGAGGAGUUGAAGUUGCUUUUACCCGGGGCUCGUUUUUUUACCACGCUGCCCGGAGGGAUCCGAGAGGCAAAAAGAAAAAAAAAAAAAAAAGCAGAUCACUUCGUCUUGCCAUUGAUUGGGCAUCGGGAGCCUUUUUUUUUUUUUUGUAAUCCCCCCCUCCUCUCUCUUUCUUUUCCUCCGUUCUUGUUGCAUGCAAGAAAAUUACAGUCCGCUGCUCGCCCGCCCCGGGUGCGAAAUAAUCCAGCCCCGCUCUCUCGCGUCCCCAUUGUGCAAACCCAAAGAUGAGAGACCGAAGGGGAGAAAGUUAAAGAAAUCGCCCACAUGCGCUGGAUCAGUCCACGGCUUGGGGAAAGGCAUCCAGAGAAGGUGGGAGCGGAGAGUUUGAAGUCUUUACCGGCGGGAAGAUGGCGGACUGGAGCUGAAAGUGUUGAUUGGGAAACUUGGGUGAUUCUUGUGUUUAUUUACAAUUCUCUUGACCCAGGCAGGACACAUGCAGGCCAAAAAACGCUAUUUCAUCCUGCUCUCAGCUGGCUCUUGUCUCGCCCUUUUGUUUUAUUUCGGAGGCUUGCAGUUUAGGGCAUCGAGGAGCCACAGCCGGAGAGAGGAGCACAGCGGUCGGAAUGGCUUGCACCACCCGAGUCCGGAUCAUUUCUGGCCCCGCUUCCCGGACGCGCUGCGCCCCUUCGUCCCCUGGGAUCCGUCGGAGACCGAGGAUUCCAGCGUGCACAUUUCGCCCCGGCAGAAGCGAGACGCCAACUCGAGCAUCUACAAAGGCAAGAAGUGCCGCAUGGAGUCCUGCUUCGAUUUCACCCUUUGCAAGAAAAACGGCUUCAAAGUCUACGUGUACCCGCAGCAGAAAGGGGAGAAAAUCGCCGAAAGUUACCAAAACAUCCUCGCGGCCAUCGAGGGCUCCAGGUUCUACACCUCGGACCCCAGCCAGGCGUGCCUCUUUGUCCUGAGUCUGGAUACUUUAGACCGAGACCAGUUGUCACCUCAGUACGUGCACAAUUUGAGAUCCAAAGUGCAGAGUCUUCACUUGUGGAACAAUGGUAGGAAUCAUUUAAUUUUUAAUUUAUAUUCCGGCACUUGGCCUGACUAUACCGAGGACGUGGGCUUCGACAUCGGCCAGGCCAUGCUGGCCAAAGCCAGCAUCAGUACUGAAAACUUCCGACCCCACUUUGAUGUGUCCAUUCCCCUCUUUUCUAAGGAGCAUCCCAGGACAGGAGGGGAGAGGGGCUUUUUGAAGUUUAAUACCAUUCCUCCUCUCAGGAAGUACAUGCUGGUCUUCAAGGGGAAGAGGUACCUGACAGGGAUAGGGUCAGACACCAGGAAUGCCUUAUAUCACGUCCAUAACGGGGAGGACAUCUUGCUCCUCACCACCUGCAAGCAUGGCAAAGACUGGCAGAAGCACAAGGAUUCUCGCUGUGACAGAGACAACACUGAGUAUGAGAAGUAUGAUUAUCGGGAAAUGCUGCACAAUGCCACUUUCUGUCUGGUUCCUCGUGGUCGCAGGCUUGGAUCCUUCAGGUUCCUGGAGGCUCUGCAGGCUGCCUGUGUCCCUGUGAUGCUCAGCAAUGGAUGGGAGUUGCCAUUCUCUGAAGUGAUUAAUUGGAACCAAGCUGCCGUCAUAGGCGAUGAGAGAUUGUUAUUACAGAUUCCUUCUACAAUCAGGUCUAUUCAUCAGGAUAAAAUCCUAGCACUUAGACAGCAGACACAAUUCUUGUGGGAGGCUUAUUUUUCUUCAGUUGAGAAGAUUGUAUUAACUACACUAGAGAUUAUUCAGGACAGAAUAUUCAAGCACAUAUCACGUAACAGUUUAAUAUGGAACAAACAUCCUGGAGGACUGUUCGUACUACCACAGUAUUCGUCUUACCUGGGAGAUUUUCCUUACUACUACGCUAAUUUAGGUUUAAAGCCCCCCUCCAAAUUCACUGCAGUCAUCCAUGCCGUGACCCCCCUGGUCUCUCAGUCCCAGCCAGUGUUGAAACUUCUCGUGGCCGCAGCCAAAUCCCAGUACUGUGCCCAGAUCAUAGUUCUAUGGAAUUGUGACAAGCCCCUCCCAGCCAAACACCGCUGGCCUGCCACUGCUGUGCCUGUUAUUGUCAUCGAAGGAGAAAGCAAGGUGAUGAGCAGCCGUUUCCUGCCAUAUGACAACAUCAUCACUGACGCAGUCCUCAGCCUGGAUGAGGACACCGUGCUGUCCACCACAGAGGUGGAUUUUGCCUUCACGGUAUGGCAGAGCUUCCCCGAGAGGAUUGUGGGCUACCCUGCACGCAGCCAUUUCUGGGAUAACUCUAAGGAGCGGUGGGGAUACACAUCCAAGUGGACGAAUGACUACUCCAUGGUGUUGACAGGAGCUGCUAUCUACCACAAAUAUUAUCACUACCUGUACACUCAUUACCUGCCAGCCAGCUUGAAGAACAUGGUGGACCAACUGGCCAACUGUGAGGACAUUCUCAUGAAUUUCCUGGUGUCUGCUGUGACAAAAUUGCCUCCAAUCAAAGUGACCCAGAAGAAACAGUAUAAGGAGACAAUGAUGGGACAGACCUCUCGGGCUUCGCGCUGGGCUGAUCCUGACCACUUUGCCCAGCGACAGAGCUGCAUGAACACGUUUGCCAGCUGGUUUGGCUACAUGCCGCUAAUUCACUCUCAGAUGAGGCUGGACCCCGUCCUCUUUAAAGACCAGGUCUCUAUUCUGAGGAAGAAAUACCGAGACAUUGAACGACUUUGAGGAACCUGGCCACGUGGGGGAGGGCGAGGGAGAAGGGACUGGGGCCAAGCUGCUCUCUUCCCAGUGCAGAUCCACUCAGCAACGGAGCCAGAUUGUGCCAAGUAUCCAAAUAAACUGAAAUGAACAGAAUGUCAAAAAGAAAAAAGAAAAAGAAAUCAAAAGGCCAAUGAGAACUCGACUCCUGGGUCCUGGGACUGCAUGGGACUGCUCCAAACUCACCUCACUGGCUUCUAUGUCCCAAGACUAGGAUGUGUACAGUUUAAUUAUGGAACAUUAAAUAAUUAUUUUUGAAAUGAUUGCUAUGCAGGUUUAAACUUUUUUAAUGAUCAAAACUAUUAAAAACAGAGUUCCUUUCUUUAAUCAAAAUUGUGUUGGUUGUGAAUAUUUUGAAAGCUGCUCCUCUUCUUCCCACAAACAGCGAUGCAUUGGUCACGCAGGGCUUCCUGCAGUCACAAAAGCUCAGACUUCUCGGGAAACACAAUAAGUCACUCUAACCCCGGUGUCAAGCCAAAACUGAGCAUAAGUUAAGGCAAGUUUAUUAUUUAGCUUUGCCAGUGCAAAAUGUCUUCCACCUUGAACUUGCAGAUCCACUUGAACUUUUAUCUCUAAAAUGUCCUGCAUGAGAGACAAGUGCCAUCACUUCCAGGUAGGCAGUUGUAACUAAAAACUUUAUUUGAGAUGUGUAUUAUGAUCAUCUUUUUCAAGGGGGGUGGGGGGGAGUUAGGACCACAAAAAUGCUAGCAUAAUUAUGAACUGUUAGGUUUGCACAAAGAACCACCCAAAAGUCCACCAGCAUAUUUGCCAGAUGGAAAUAUUGACCCAGGACCACAUACCAAGGCCUUUCAGGUGUGUGGCCUAGAUUAUACAUUCAAUCAUUGACAUCUGUCUGCUUUGAGCAAAGGAAAACUUUGGUUGAGAGGCAAAGGAAGACUUAGUCUAUUGGAAGGGACAGAUUAUUUCUACAACAAGCUCUGUUCUGUUUGUCUAAACCUCGCAUUUCAGGAGUGUGUCUGUUGAGAAGUGGGUGGUAACAUAUAAUAUCACCAUUUAACUGGAGAAUUGCUUAGAAUUAGCUGAGGGAGUACCCACCAUUAUGAUUCUCAUAAUCACUUUUUAUCACAGACAUUGUUUUGAGCAAAACUCUAGCAAACAAAAAUUAGAAACACUUGUUAAUACGGUUUUAUUUUAUUUGAAAUUUAAAUCUGGAGAAUUUGAGUUAUACCUCUGGUUUAAAAGAAUAUUUAUGUCCCUGAAAAUGCUGCUUUGAGCUCCUUAUUAUUAUAAAACCAAGAACCAAGUACAAAUAAAAUCUGAAUAAAUACAUAUAUUUAUUUAUAUACAUAUAUAAAUAUAUACUUACUAUUUAUAUAUGUACAUAAAUAUAUAUAUUUAUGAUGGCUUCAUCUAUUAAAACUUUCUUCUACUUGGAAGAAGCAAAAGAACAUAGAAAAGACUAUUGGGUCCUACCACCUGUUAUGCUGAAUAAGUAAGCACUUUAAUUUUCCCCCUAAACUUGUGCAUUUAAUCAAUUUAUUUCCAAUGUUGUUUUAGAAGGAAAUUCUAUCGAAGAAUUCUUCUGUUCAGAUAACUUCAUGUGCCCAGCUUGGGUCAGAGGAAAACGUAAAUCCUGCAGACUCUAACUCAUCCUUGUUUUGUAGAUAUUUGGAAGAGAAAGAGGAACUUGCCUUGUGAUGCACAGGGUACUCUAGCCAAGAGGGGAACUAUGUUUAGAGAGGGGAUUCAAGGUGCUACUUAGUGACUGAAGUCCAGAGCCCAUGUGUCCAUAAGCUGCGCUCUGAAUGGUGGACAGCCAGUGAAGUUCAAAUCAAGAAGGACUUUUCUCUGCAGCCUCAUGGUUUAGAUCAGCUCCCUAAAUAGCUCUCUCAGCCUAUUUGACCCAGCCUUAACUCACUCUCAAACAUGUGACAUUGUCUGCUAAGUGGAUAUGAUCACCUCGGAAGCAUUUGUUGAAAAGCCAUCGUUAGGCCGAUGCUACUUGUACUUAUUUUUAUAAAAUGCCAUUGUAAUCGUUUCCAUGCCACUUACGUUGUAGCUGACAGCGACAUAAAGGGUUGGCAACAUUAAGGGUUAGAACUCUUAUCCAGCUGGCCUUUGCAAAUCUGCAUUUAAUUUUUAAAGAAUGUCAAAUUAUCCCUUUAUCUUUUGCCAGUGCAGAAGUGAAUAUUAUGUUAUGUCCAGUGACUCCAAGCCAAGUUGCAUCUUAUGUUGUCAUCUUAGACGACAGAGCUCCCACUUGUGUCAGGCAGUCAGAAUAAUGGAUGCAGUGAACUGCUUUGCCAGAGUCACUGGUCACCAAGCUUAGGGGGCAUGCUCUCCACCAACAAUGAAUGUUAAGAGAAAAUGAUAGUCGUUAUACAGGAGAGCCAGGUCAGACACUUUAGCCACUUUCAAUCUUCAUGGUUUAUGUUGUUCUCUCCAUAAAUUUCUUUGGGAGGCUCGCUAGCUUGUUCUUUCCCCACUUGGAACUUGCAAGCUGGGAAUUGAGCCAUACUUAGCCAAUCCGAUCCAGCAGUAAGAUGUCAUUUUAAUUCACAAAGGAAGGAGUUUAAUUUCACUGCCACAAGUUGACAAAUCAUAGGAUGUCAGGAGUUACCUCUCAGCCAGUGUUAAUGAUAGCUGGGAUCUCUUAAGUGGUCCAGCAUGAAUUGGUAAGGAGCCAACCCCAGAACACAGUGCCAGCCACAUGGUGAAUUGCAUGCUUGAAACUGUUGUGGACUCAGCCACUUAACAAUGUCUACACAUCUUUGUCCCACCGCGCAUGAGAUCUGAAAAAUAAUCUGGUUUAUUAUGUAUUUCUGAGAGAAGCAUAAAUAUUCAGACUACAUAGAACAUACCACCCUUCAUUGGAAAUAGCAAAAUGGCGCUACAUUGAGGCUGUAGAGAAAUGCUAUGAGAUAAUCAUUAUGGGCCAUGACACAAAAGAUAAAACAGUGAGAUUGACCUGCCUGGACACUUCAGCACACUUUUUUAGUAAGAUACUUCACCAGAAAGUGAAAUCUCUCGGGAAUCUACAUGUAUAUUACAGUAUGAUUUCAUGUUACAAAUGGUGCUCAAAGAAGGAUCAAUCUUAGUUGCUUCCUUCAAUUUUCCUUUUGGAGUGAUUUUUGUUUUUCAUUUCUAGUAGGCUAUGUUAGCCUUUAUUUUAGUGGUUCUGUAUACUUGGUCACUUGAAGGAAUAUAACGCUGGUGGCCUUUCAUAAAGGUUACUAAACUUUAAUCAGGGGUGAGAUGAAUGAAUGUGAAUAGACCUAUAUACUGUUUGAAAAACAAACACAGAGCUCUUGAUUUAGGAACUAAUGAAAUUUAAAUAUUUUUAAGGGGUGGGGAGAAAGCCGAAUACCUCUCCAGGUUAGAAUCUGAAUAAGAUUCUUUACUGGAGAAGAUGAAUCAUCAUCGAUACAAAGGCUAAAACAAAACUUCCCAGGCCUGAAAGUGUCUUAUGUUUCCUCAGGUCUCUGACACACCAAUUUAAAAAAAACAAGCAAACAAAACAAGUUAUUGCCAUGAACUCACUCACAAAUGAAAAAUCCCUGCCUGCAUAGUGUAAUCAAGAUGCAGGAUUUCAGUUGCUGAUUUCAUUUACCUAUUUUUCAUUUGCGGCAACAAUAGCUAGACAAGAACCUUUCCCUUUAUUGUCACUCGUGGCCAGAUUUAACUAAGAAAUUUUUUUCACUACCAGCUUCAUUUUCUCCUGCUUGAUGGGCACUGUUUUUAUUGGGGUUCUCCAUGAAUAGUCAUUAAUAGCACACUGUGCUCAACUUGCUUCUCUCAGUCUUAAAACUUUAGUGUGUACAGAUUAGAAUAUUCCUUGACUCCGAACUGUUGGAAAAUGGGCUCAUCUCCCCAUUUCUCCAAUCAAUAUUGUCCUGCUGUCCAGAGUUCUGGAGAGAAAAGCUAUUUACAACAUAAACUCAAUCAUGAAAUUGACCCCUGGAAACAAUUUCUCCUUUUUUGCGCCUUUCCUAAAAUCAAAUGGUUUUAUUUCCGUAAUUUUUCACUUAGCAGGGACUACCGUUGUUGUUCAUGUAGCGUUUCAAUAUGUUCCAUUUCAGGAGCCUGAAUGUGCUACCCCCGUGUGGGGCUUCCUCUGUUUAAUCGAAUCAGUGAGUGCCAUUGUAUUAGCCUCUAGAUCCAGAUGCAAGUGGUAACAACCAUCAAGAAAGUUGAGUCCUCAGAUUAACAUGGUCUCACCCUUGUUUAAAUUCAAUUCGAUCUAGCCUUUAAGACACUCUACAUUUGUCAUAUUAGGCCUCAAAGGCCAUUUGAUUUCUGCCAUAGCUCUCUGUUCUUCUCUUACAGAAACAUAAAUCUUUUGCUUUGUAAUUAUUACUUCAGUUCAGACCAUGCACAUGGCCUGAUGCCAAGUAAUGAACCUGUAUUUUUUUUGUGAGAAAAUAUAUGUAUAGGAUAUGUUGGGAGGUAGAAAGACAUCAAAAACUGGAACUGUUUCUAGGUGGAAAAUUGUAAAGCGAAAAAGCAUACUUUCAUUUGUAUCUGAUGUACAUUUGGGACAGUUUCCUAAUAUGUUACCAAUGUUUUCUGUAGCCUCACCACUGGUCAUUUCUGCAGUGUUUUCUCCCUUUGUUAUAAAAGACUCUUAAUGAUUUAGUACAAUUAAGCCCUAAAGUGCGUGUGAGAGAGAGCCUGCGAGAAAAUACAAAGCCAUAGAUCUUGAUUUACUUCACUGACCUGUGUAACUUUAUGUCUGAGUUUUGCCAUCCAAGAUAGAUUGUUUUAUAGAGAGUGUCACCAAAGACUUUUUCCUUCCAAUUUAUAGAAGAACAACGACAAAAAAAGAAAUUAUUAAUAAAUUACAUGACUUUUCA